CAAUCACUUCAAUAACUUCCGUUGCACCUGUUUACAUUGUGCGACUUUGACUUGUGAGUCACAAUAAAGUAAAAAUACCAGAAAUGGAAUCGAAAUAUGACAGAGUAGAUGUCCCCGAGAAUUUAUAUCUGCACUCAGAAAAUGAACACAAUGAAGAUUUUGGUACAGGGGUUUAUCCGAUUUCUGUAAUCUCAAGGAAAUCCAAUUUGAAGAGUGACACCGUCAAACUUGCAUGCUUUCGAAUGAGAAGAAAAAGUCGUUGUUUCCUUAUGAUUGGUGGUGUCAUCUUUUUGAUAAUCGUUAUCUUACUUAUUGUGGUAGCAUCGAAUCACCACGGCAGUGACAAAGCUCCAGCUCGAGUUAUUGUACCAACUUUUGCAGAAGAAAUCAAGGAAAAAGGUCUGAUGUUUGAGCCCAAUGUGGAUAAUAGUCCUUUGAUCCACUAUUCCAUAAGUGACAUGAAGACAUACCACAAGUACCUCAAUCAGUUGGAUUUCUAUAUGUACGAUUAUUCAGCAAUUCAUCAGCAAACAUCAGAUUAUGUGAAUUGUGUAAACGAGAGUGCACCUGAUGGUAAAGCUUGUAGGUUGACAAGUCAUGAUUUUGGAUCUCACUGUACACAUACCAAUGUUUAUGGGUACCAGGAGGGCAGACCCUGUGUUCUUCUUAUGUUGAAACUGGAUAAUGAUACGAUAGAUCCAUUUACAAGUAAAGACACUGAGAUAAAGAAGAGGCUGCAAGACAGGUGGUCAGCUGAUCAUAUUGGAAUAACCUGUGAUGGAGAGACGGCUUUAGAUAGAGAACACAUGGGACAUGAAGACUUUUGGUAUACAAACGGUGUCCUGGAAAGUGACAUAACUUAUAGACCCCCAACAGGAUUUCCUAUCUGGUCUUAUCCAAAGAAGAAUCCACAUUACAAAGUACCAGCAGUUAUGGUGCACUUCAACACAAUCCGUGCUUACCAUUUGGUGACAAUUAAAUGUGUGGCAUGGGCUAAAAGUUUUAAUAAUGGAAAGCCACAAGAUUCUGAAAUGUAUAGUGUAAGGUUUCAGUUUUACAUGGAAUAGACCAGGACUUUAAAUAUAAUGAAUGCAUCUGACAGAAGAGAUCUGAGUCGAUUCAGCUACACUAAAGAUAUUUGCCUUUGCAUAAUAAGAAAAUAUUCAAUUGUGCAAACUUAAAAAAUUGUUUGAUUGUAUGUACUUACUCUUUAUACUUAAAUCAGUAGAGAUAAGAUACUUCUUAGUGGAUAUUUCUGUCAAUCAGAAUUUAUUUUUUAUUCCAUUGAACUACACAUAUCAUGAAAUGGUAUAUGUUUUUUCUAGUCAGUGACAGAAUCUUAAUAACAAUGGGAAAUAUGUUAUUAGUACAGUUCACAGUUUAAGAACUGUCCCUAUUUUAUUAUCUUUUAAAAAUUGUGAUACAUAUUUUAGAAUUUUAUAGUUUUUCUUAUUAAAGGUUAUAAACAUCACCUUUUUCAAAUAUAUAAUAUUGAAUAUUUAAAAUUUAUUUGUAUAUUUGAUCAGCCAAAGAUUAUAAAACAUUCCUUUUUCCUAUGAAACUACAUGUAUUGUAAAAAUUUAUUGAAACAAAAUUUCCAACAUUAUGUAACACUGAAAUAGAACAGUGAGAAAGGAUCAUUCCAUUGGAAAAUUGUUGGAAGGGUAGGAAAGAAGUUUUAUUUUUGAAACAAGUUUAAGGGUCACAUUUGACUCAUUUGACAAAUGCAUACGUACUCAAAGAAAUUACCAUAUCUGGUCAUACACAUUUAUGCUCUUUGGCAGGGUAUUUUGUAAAUUCUUUCUUCCGCUUCCACAUUGAUUGAAAUAAAAAAGUCUAUAUUUUGCAUUGUACUUACUUCACAAUUUUGUUGCACCUUUAAAGCACAAAACAAAGUACAUAAAGACUUCCAUUGCAUAUGGGUACAAAAUGUAUUUGUCAUCUGUAUAAAUGUUGUAACCAUAGUUAUUAUAUAAUAGUUGAUUUCAUAACUCCAAAACAUUGAUGUCAUAAUAUAUUGUAAGUGCUAAAGAUAUACACCAAAUAUCUCACCAUAAAUUUUGUGAAAUAUUUUUUCAUUGUAAGAUUGAAUUUCAACCCAUAUCUUAUUUUUUUUUGCAAAAAAUUGAAAGACACACUUGAUCUUAAAAGUUAUAACAAUAAGCAACAUCAUGGUAUUGUUACAACAUGGUUUUAAAUUGUAAAUAUUGCACCAUUUUUUUUUCUCAAUAAUGAACAUUAUUUUGAAGUGAAAGUCAGCUUUAUCAUAAUGAUGUUAUGGAAACUGAUGUGGCCUUGAUUUUAAAUCUGUAGAUAUUAAUUAAUAUGAUUAAUUUUAAUAUAUGUAUUUAGAAUUUGUUUCAAUAUUGUCAUUGAUUGUUAUGUUAGAUAUAUUUGGAAAUCCCCUGUAUAACAGUUGCAUCACAUCUAAAAUUUAUUUUAUAUACAGUGUAUAUAUUGAAAGCAUAUCUAUUCAGUGUAAUUCUGUUUUAAAUGGAAUAGAUAUAGGAAGAUUUAUUCUAUGUAAGUACUGAACAAAGUUUAAGUUUUCAUAGGGUUUGUACACAGAUUAACAAAAACAGUCACUUGAGUCUUUUCAAUUUUGUAGAAUUUAAAAAAAAAUAUAUCCAUUAAAGUUUAUAAUGAAGUCACAAUUUUUAAACCUUUGUCCAGUAUUUUUUUUUAAACAGUUUUAUCCUAUUUGGGUAUACAUGUAUCUAUUUACAUAAAUUUUGUAACAAUUGUCAUGUGUUAGGUCAUGAAAUGUCAUUGAAACAUUUUGUGUAAGUGUAACAUACAUGUAAAAUAUUUUAUUAAACUCAAAGCAUUCCAAAUAAUUUAAUAAAUGGCAAAGAUCUGUCUGGACUUUUAUUACAAAAUAAAGAAUUUAUUUUCAUAACAUCAGAGAGUUAAAACACUAUCAUAGCUUUAUAUAAUUGAUCCCUGAUUCUGUGAGAUUGUCUGAACACUUUUUAUCCAUAAUAACAGGCCAUUUGAAGUUUCACAGGAAGAUCUUGCUCACACAGAGCACUGAAUGGCUAAUUAUUUUGAUAUAAAAUACAUAAUUCAAAGCCACAGGGACUGAAUGGAGCGCCUCAUUCUUAUCCCUGAAUAAAUAAUUAUUGACAUGUGAUUAUUAAAUCCAUGGUGAUAUUUUUCUUCAUGCUUAUCUUUUUUAACAGUGUAUUUUUUAACACAAGAGAAAUUAAAUGUUUUUUAAUAGCAGCGUUGGGCUGGUGACAAUAUGAAAUUUAAUGUAGUAAAUUAAAGCAUGUGAUAUACUUUGCUGUUGUUUUUGCUUUGAAGUCAUCCUUCUAUUUGAAGCAUGAUGAUAUGUUUAUAGAUGUACAUUUGUAUCUUUAGACCACACUAAACUUUUCUGUUUACUGAUGACCUUGUUCUUCAAUUCCACAAUUAAAAUUGUAUGGAAAAUAUAAAUUUAUCCACACUUUUUAUUCCCCUAUAACUCAAAGGUGAAUUAAAAAAAAAUAGACAACUGAAUUGUUUAAUUAUCACAUUUUGUCUGUUAAUCAGGAUUUACCAGGAAACAAAAAAUGAAACAAAAUUUCUAACUUGCCUUUUUGUUAUGAAAAUAAAACUCAAAGAAAACUGGUUAAUUAAGUGUGGUUUAAAAAGUAUUUUUUACCAAAAUUUCUAUCAGAUGUAAGUACAGUAGUGGCUUUUAUAUCAUUUGUAACAUAUCCCUAAGUUAUGUUUUUAUUUUUUGUUUAAAAUAUUUCUUACAUUCCAUAUAUUUUUAUACACUGUUGAUCUGUUUUUAAAAUUUAUAUAGAAUUAAAAUAGUUAAUCCAAACAUUAAUUGAAUUCAAUUUAAUGGAAAAUAUUACAUGGUAGAAAAUAGACAUUGUUGCAUAUUUAUAUUACUUUAUAGUACAUUUAUCUGAGAAAUCUUCUACAUGCUUAGGGCUGUUCCAUUAAAACAUACAUGAUACCCAGGGAAGGCACUUUAAAAUUAGGGUAGCUUCAAAUAGAGGCAAAUUAAAAUUUCACUUACAUUUCCAUUAUGCAAAAACAGAGACCAAAUAACUCAGAUUUUGAAGUGCCCUACCUGACUUGUUUGUAUAGUUUUCAUCAAUUAUUGAAAAGUUAAACAACAAAAGAUAAAGAAAAAACUGAUUUUGUAUUACAGAUGUUUUUAUGUACAAAACGUUCAUAUUUCUAUGUUUUUAUCACUUUAUAUUUGUUACCUGUCUGAAUGUAGUUUUUUUAAGUGCAAUGUGAUUUCUGUAGAUUUGUAUUGUUUAAUUUGUAAAUAAUUAUAAAAUCAAUGAAAAAAAUAUCAAGUUUCAGGAGUACACACUUAGUAUCGUGCCUUAUUUGGACAUGUAUAUUAAAUUUAUAAUUAAUUUUAAAAACUAUAAAAUUUUUAAUUGUAUAUAGGGUUGAUAAAAACAUGAUGUUGUACACAUGUAUUUGGUUUAUUGAUGUCAUUUUCUUUGUAAACAGAAGAGUUUAUUUUUAUAAUGAAAAUGUUGAAUUCCCCCCCCCCCCCCCCCCCCA